CAUAAAAGUGGAUUGUUUUGUUGUAUAAAUUUUUUGGUGGAAAUAACAGAGCUUUCCUCCUCUUUUCUGAAAAAAAAAAAGAAAGUUUGAUCAAGGGGGAACACCUUUCUUAUCCAGACGCAUUGCAUCACCAAAUGAAACGAAGACCGGAACUUUUAAGUAUUCGGCAGUGUUGUGCGUUACUGUUUUGUCAGUGGAUCGGAUUACUGGAAAAAUGACAGAGCUUUACUUGAAAACAACAUCAUUAGUAACAUCCGAGGUGUUUAUGAAAUGCUAGCAUGCAUGAAGUAAGGAAGUACGCCUGUCUGUGGUGCGAGUUAUAUGUUUUUUCUUUUUGUGCUUUAAACAAAUUGGUAUAGGUCAAAAAGUAGGCUGUGGACCCUGAAGGAUUCUUUCUCACCUGGAAAACCAAAUGAAAGCCGUUUAACGUAUGGUAGGAAGCCUUGAAGUCUAGUGAGAUUUGGCUGCAAAGGAACUGACUUGAUUCAGCUUCAGUGAAAAUGGCAAGCGGAGUUGAGGAUCCUGAAGAUGUGGAAAACACGGAAGAAGAAAAAGAAGAAGAAGAAGGAGGAGAAGGAGGGAAGUGCCAGGCAUGUACUUGGUGUGAUAGAAUGCAUAUCCAUAUAUCCAAAUGGAUGCUUCCAGAAGAUUUAAGAGAGAAGUACCUGGAAAGAGCUAAUUGUAUACCUCCUCCUCUAUUUAUAUUGCUUAUAAGUAUUGCUGAGCUAGGUGUUUUCAUAUACUAUGCAGUAAUGAUGCCACAAAAACAAUGGCUCACUCUGUCUAAUGAUGUGCUGACGAACAGUUCCCUUUCAUUUGUGUCAAAUAAGAGACGAGAAGCUUGGAGAUUUGUAUCUUACAUGCUUCUGCAUGAUGGUGUCCAGCAUAUUUUGGGAAAUCUAGUACUGCAGCUUGUUCUGGGAAUUCCACUGGAAAUAGUCCAUAAAGGACAUCGAGUUGGUAUGGUGUAUCUCGCAGGAGUGAUUGGAGGUUCAUUAGCAAGUUCGAUCUUUGAUCCCGGAAGUUUUCUGGUAGGAGCUUCAGGAGGAGCUUAUGCUCUAAUGGGAGGAUACUUUAUGAACGUUCUAGUGAAUUUUAAAGAUAUGAUUCCACUGUUUGGUAUUUUCCGAAUCAUAUUUAUUGUAACUGUUGUUGCAACUGAUAUGGGAUUUGCACUUUACCGAAGAUUUUUCAUUCGUGCACAGGGAAAUUCAGUAUCUUUUGUGGCUCAUAUUGCUGGAGGCCUGGCUGGAAUGACAAUAGGCUAUGUUGUCUUCAGCAGUUUUGACCAACGACUAAUAAAAGAUCCUAGGUUUUGGGUGUGUCUUGCUGCUUACCUGGUGUGUUUUAUGUUUGCUGUAUUUUUCAAUAUAUAUUUGCAACUUUCUUCCUAAGGUAACACAAAGCAUGGUGAAUGUGUAUAAUAAACAUAAAAUGCAGUAUUACAGUUACUUGCAAGAGUAACGACUAUGACAUCCUAUACAGGACAUUUGUUUUGCUUGACUUGGAACUGGAUUACUUACUUACCUUUCAUCUGUAUGUCACAUUUCCACCACUGAAGGUCAUAUUACUAGAGAUGGAGAGUCAAUUAUGUGAAAAGGCAUCUGAAAUGCCAAAUUAUGUCACUGGAAUCUGACGCCAAGGCUGUGAAGAUAACACUAAAGGAACAUUAUCUUCAGAUCAGCAUAACACUGUUCUGGUGAUACUAGUCCAAAUACAAUGUGUUUUAAAGAUGUGGACACAAAUGCAUUGCUUUAGUUACAGUAUGGCAAUGGAGGGUUCUCUCUGAACCAAAAGAAUUGAUAUAUUUCAAACUAUAAUUUAAGAUAAUGUAUAUUUUUUUUAAGAUUGUGUCCUCCAAAGUGUUCUUACUAGACUUUAUUUGCUUUUGUCUUGCCAUAAUGACCUUACAGAUGCGCAUUCAUUUAUUACGAUUUGUACACAUACUGUAAACCAUAAAAACAGUUAACUGUGAGAUAUUUUCACAAGAUUUUUCUGGUGCCCUUAAUGAAGUUAUUAUAUUAACAUUUUACUGUUAUUAAAUGCUUUUAUUUUGUAACGUGUUUUUUCUCUUCUUAUAUUGUUUGCGGUCUUUGUCAUAGCUGGAAAGGGUCCUUCAACUAGCCUACUUAUGUGGUUAUUAUAUGAAAUACUUAUUAAAUAAAUAAAUGUUUUUGUUUGGAAA